AUAACUUCGAUUUACGAUUCGGCACUGGGCGCUAUGAAACUUAACGUUGCCCGCAGCAGACAUCGUUUUCAGUUGUCGAAAAUUCUGUAAACUGAACCAUUCCGCUACGGCGCAUAAAUUUUCAUCUCACAAGAUUGAUCUACCGCUUUCAUCAAUAGUGUUUCUUCUUUCUAAUUAUGGCGAUCCGGGAUGGGUCACAAAUACGGCUGCUCACUUCCAUCACCGUAAUACAGCGUACUGUACAAUACUCUGUAUUUCGUACUGAGUGGAUUAUGGUAACGAGCAAAGCUGCUGGGCUACUUUAAAAUUUGCCAGACUCUUGACUGCUGAUUAUUACCAGUUGUUAUUAAUCCUGUCCGGAUCGUUAUGGCUGUAUGAAUGUGGCCGGAUGUUUCUAACAAUUUGUCAUGCGAAUCUUCGUGCUGAAAAAGCUGGCUUCCUCCAGAAUAUAUUUGUAUUAUUUUUACUGGGCUGGAACAUAAUAUAAAUAUAAUAUGCCUACUGUGGAAUCUUGCUCAUUAAGUACUGUCGCGGCAAACUCUGCCGGCGCAAUAUCUAAACAUCCUAGGAGACCUUCGUGCCCCUUUGACACCACGGUUAACAUUUCAAGUCCGACAUCAUCCAAAAAACGAUUCCAACGUCUGCGUGUCAGGAGUUUGAGCCGAAAUCGUAAUUCAGCAAAGCCAAAAGACGAAAGCAACAGUAUUGUUACCCAGCUUGCUAAUCCUGCACUGAGGCGGCGUAACAAUUCGGCUGGAAAUAUUUACGCCGUCGACUCUUAUUUGACCGCAAUGGAUCGGUCCGGACUGUCGGGAUCCAUAACGCGAGCUUCCAGGUCAACGCUUGAACUUGUACAAGAUUUGCAGCGUAAUACGCUAAAACAUUUAUCGAAAAGCUGGGAUUCUUUGGGACGGAUGGCGGAGGGACGGAACUGCCAGAUUAUUCUUCUCGAUGGAAGAAAGAUUGAAAUCUUUGUUCAGCCGAAGCUGGCUGCCGGCGAUCUACUGGAUAUUGUGAGCUCGCAUUAUAAUCUGAAGGAAAAGGAGUAUUUCGGACUGUGUUAUCCGGACGAAACCAAUCAUUAUCAUUGGCUACAUCUUGAGCGGAAAGUGCUGGAACAUGAAUUUUUCGCUGCGGCACCAAAGAAAAACAAAUCCAUUGUGUUAUACUUUAUGGUUAAGUUUUUUGUGGAAUCCAUUACACAUCUGCGCGAUGCGGUUACCGUGGAACUGUUUUACUUGCAAGCAAAGGCCCUUGUUUUGAAAGGUGUUAUCCAAACAGAGCAAGAAACGGCUUUUGAACUGGCAUCCUACGCUCUGCAAGCGAGUUACGGUGACUUUAUUGACGUGGAAAGCACAAUUGACCAGCUUAGGAAACACCAGUUUCUGCCGUCGAAAAUCAUCAAGGAAUCUGCGUCGGCGACUUUCUGUGAUGAGCGAAUAUUAGAGUUCUACCGGAAGUGGAAAGGACUGCCAAGAGGAAAUGCGAUAGUGAACUAUUUGACGAUAAUUGAGACAUUGCCUACGUAUGGGAUCCAUUAUUAUGAUGUUAUCGACAAAAAUGGCGAGAAUUUCAUUCUCGGAAUUAGUUAUAAAGGAAUCAGCCAAUACCAACUUGAUGAUAAGAAGACAGCGGAAAAGGUUUUUCUGUGGAAAGAUCUGGGAAAUCUUUUUUUUCGUGAUAAAAAGUUCAGUGCUGAAGUCCUUGAAGCGAGACGCGUUGUGCAUGCACUGAGCAGCAUAAAUUUGUAUGAAGAUGCCGUUGAAGAACCCGUGGAUCAGUGCGAUGACCUCUCUAAUGCUAUUUCCGAUCCCACUACCCAAGUUUCCGUGAGUAGGCGGACUUUCGCACCAGGACAGCUUACAGUGCAUGUGUGGUUUGCGGCAACACCUUCUUUGGCCAAAGCAAUUUGGACCAUGGCCAUCAGUCAACAUCAGUUCUAUUUGGAAAAGAAGAAAAACCAGAAUGCGGUCGAUCAGCGAAGCCCGGCGGAGAUCGCAGCGGAGCUGACAAAUGUGACAAGUUUGUACAGUGUCUCGGACACGUUCAGACCGCGAUCAGGAAGCGUGUGCAGCUCUUACAGCUACCGUAUUGUUCGUGAUGGAAGUUUGACAUCCGGUUUCGCUUCCGAUGACAGCAUUUCACAGAUGAGCGACAUUGAGAAGAAGGAAAUGUUUGUAACAGCGAAGAGCAAACGUGACGCUUUAUGCGAAGUGUUGGCUGCGAAAUUAUUGAAACUGAAGGAAAUAUGUAUCGAGGAAGCGCAAAUAACCGGCGAACUACCGCCGGAAACACCACUAAACCCCGGUGAGCCCGUUCCCCAAGUUCGAAGACGCAUCGGCACAGCGUUCGAAUUGACAUCCAAUCGGAUGGAAUCGGAGGCGUUGACGGGUGAAGAAAAGGAUCUAGCUGAUCUCGAACUCCGCUAUGAACUGCAAAUAAAUAUUACCAAGGCCGCUGAGAAAUUACUGAAUGAUGCUGGCGCCAAAACAAUAAGAAGACAGCGGAAGCAGGCAUAUCGAAGGGAACAUUUAAAGUUGAAAGAGUUAGAGAAAGCUCUCAGAGACAUGCGCGUGACUAUGGACCGUGAUCAGUUGCCGUUUGAUGUGCGCGAUAUUCAAAUGUCCCACUCAAGCUCAUUAUCAAGUGGUUUGGGCGACUCGUCUUCGCUGCAGUCCUUCACCCGUCCACCGCAUUCACCGGCGCUAUCACUCCGCUCAUCGACCAGUCGCAGCUCGAUAUCCAUUCCAGAGGCCUCAAGCACGCCGCCUUCGCGUUCUCACAGCAAUAGCAACUUCCGCCCGGGAACUGGAUAUGUUCCCAGUGCUGUGUACCAGACGAGCACCGGGUACCGGCACCAGCAGUAUCCGACAAUGUCUCCCAUUGCUUAUGCCCACACUAAACCGGAGAUGGUCCACACUAGCUCCCUACCCAAUGCUCUUACACUUGAAAAGAAGGCUGCUGCGGCACCGAUUGUUCGGGCAGAACCAAAGAUCAUCAAUCACCAGAUACUGGUUGAAGGACCAGUGCGAAUAGCAACUUCCGCCACGCUGACUGCGUCCCCAGCGGCGCGUGCAACGAGUUGGGAUCGUAAUCGAGUCAGGCAUGUGGAAUCUACUGUCAGAUCACCAACGCUUGAGCCAGAUUUGAGGUAUUCCACUUUGGAUCAGCGAAGGCGCCACCGAGCACGAGAAUGGCAGGAAACCACCAUUGAUUAUCAUAGCCGCCAUCCUACAACACCAGCGGCGCGCUUGCCUGCUAAUGGCCCUGGAAGCCCACCGCCAGUUGGCUAUACAGCAGAAAUAACUAAACCGUAUGAGCUGACCGAUUAUUACAAGUACAGCAACCGAAUGCGACAGUUAAUACGGACAACCCCGGACGGUUAUGAUGGAAAGGAUUGCCGUUCAGAUAUUGCCAGAUCGCCUAACGGCACGGUUUUACUUGCUCAAAACGGCCCCAUUUCCGCAUCACCGAUAGGAAAUGGGUACCGUAUAAGUACGGCAUCCCCUAGCGGCGGGUCGUCGUCUUCGGCCCGGUCAGAUCGAACCAUGUCGCCAAAACUACAGACUGCCACUGCGCAGCUGUAUGUCCAGUCCCGUCCAUUACAGUGCUUACCGGCGCUUCCACGAGCAGCACGCAACGAAGCCCAAAUCGCGUGGAAUGAUGAAGGCGUACCAAAGACCCCAACGAUUGUGUAGUGUUUUGUGUUCGACACGGAUCGUUGUGUAUAUGUAUGCUGCUUGUUAUCUUCCGCACCUGUGAUGCAACAUUUUUGAGUGCCUUUUUUAUACGAAGUUGUGGGGAAUUUAAUUUUAUUGUUUUGUGGUUUUUGUAGUAAAUCCGUUGUUGUUUUGCUGCAAUUUUAUGCUACUUUAAUUGAUCUCUUCGUCGUCUUCGUCCAGAAUCGGAACUUGUUGAUAACGUUCUGAAUGGUGCAGCUUCCGAGUGAAAUGCCACAGAAGGGUGACUGCCACGGCAGAAUUAAUUAGACUGACCAGACAAGCCAUGGCUGGGAUUUGUGAAUGAUCUGCUACGUUUAUAUCUUCUGAAAUUAGAAAAACAAAGAAAUAACUUUUGG